AUGGAGAAUGCCUCUCAACGUUCCAGCCCUUGGUACCGAAAGAAGCUAGAACUGUCAGCUGAAGUGAUCUCCACCCAACAAAUGAACUAUAGUCCCAGCUUGAUUUACAGAGAGAGCUCAGCGUGGGAGCUUAUUAUCAUUGGACGCUGUGGAUGGUGGAUAGUGCAGAAGAGGAGUGUUGUGGGUAUGACGCUGGUUGACGUGUACAGGAGAGGAGUCUCGUGGGUCAAAGUGGAUGCAGAAGUGCUCGCCUGGGUCGGAUCCAACGUGACCCUGAGGUGCAGCGUCGAGACUUCAGGCACCAACAUCACGCAAGUCACCUGGCAGAGGAUCGAGAACGGGCAAAACAAGAACUUUCUCACCUACAGCAAUUCUAAGUUGCUGAAGCUGACCCCAUUUGCGGAGCAGAGGGUGAAGUUCCUGGGGGACGGAUAUAAAAACGGAUCGAUUGAGAUAAUAAAUGUGGAGCUGAGCGACGAGAGGACCUACACUUGUACCUUCACCCUUUUCCCGACUGGAGCUGCUGACAAUACCAUCUCUUUUAUUACACAAGCUAAACCGGACAUCAACAUUGAACCUUCACCGGAGCCAGUGGUGGCAAAGUUGCCAUAUCAGACUGUAGCCAUUUGUGUGGCCAGGGCAGCCAAGCCAUCUGCCAACAUCACGUGGCUGACGGACAAGUUGGAUUAUAUUUCAUCAGAGAGUGAACUUCAGCAUGCCAACACGACGGUGACCACCCAGAGUCAGCUGAAAAUGAUCCCGAGAGCAGAAAUAAAGGACCGCAGUGUGACUUGUGUCAUCUCACAUGGUAUUGGGACAUCAAACGCAAGGACGGAGAGGAAGCUGACCAUACAGAACGUACAGUAUCCGCCUGACUCUGUACAUGUGGAGGUGAGGAGAUUAGACAAUGGGACUUUCCAGUUUAUCUGUGUAGAAGACUCCAGUCCACCAGCCACAAACUUCAAAUGGAGAAGGAAGGAUACGUUUGACUCCAAUGCAACGGUGGAGCUGGGAAAUGAAAAAACUUUGUCCAGUGAAGACCUUCUAAGCGGAAUUUAUUUCUGUGAGGUCACUAAUCCAGUUGGAAGAUCAUCGGGAUAUCUUUAUGUAUACCAAGGCCCAGGUUGCUCUGCCUGUCUACAUGCCUGCCUGUGGCCUUGGCUUAUCGUUAUCCUGGCAUUGGCCGUCUUUUGUUACUGGCGGUACAGAAAACAACCCAAAGAAGAGAAAGCGGCAAACAAAACCAGAGAUGAUGAUGAUGAAGAUGACGAACAAGCGAUGAACUAUGCGGAGGAUUGA